ACCGACUAAAUCACUGGUUUUGUUUUGAUUAGUUGCACAGCUCAGCAGCUAACAAGUCCAUAGGAGCAGGUGUAGAAGAAAAAUAAGAGCAGAGAACAAGUCGACGUGGCCGCGGCGGGCGUUCGGUACCCACCAACCCCCACCUCGCCAAUCGCCAUUGCCAUCUUCCUCCUCCCCCUCGUUCGACGCUACGCGGGAGAGAGGAGAAGGAGAGAAGCCAUGGCGGGCGACGGCGGGAUGGAGGAGCAGUGGAAGGAGGAGGAGGAAGGCGCGUUCGAGGCGUUCGUGUGCCCGCUGACGAAGCAGGUGAUGCGCGACCCGGUGACGAUCGAGACCGGGCAGACGUUCGAGCGGGAGGCGAUCCUCAAGUGGUUCAGGGAGUGCCGGGACAACGGCCGCCGGCCGACGUGCCCGCUCACGCAGCGGGAGCUCCGCGACACGGAGGUCACCCCCAGCGUGGCGCUGCGCAGCGUCAUCCACGAGUGGCGGGCGCGCAACGAGGAGAAGGAGCUCGACCGCGCCUGCGCCUCCCUCGUCGGCGUCGGCCGCCUCCCGCUCCACGCCGCCGGCGCCGGCGGCGAGGAGGAGGAGCGGGAGGAGGACGCGCUGCGCGCCCUGGUGUACGUGUCCCAGAUAUGCCAGAGGAGCGCCGCCAGCAAGGACCUCGUCCGCCGCCGCGGCGUCCUCCGCGCCGUCGCCGAGAUGCUCAAGAGCGGCAGCAGGCGGCUCCGGCUCAAGUCGCUCCAGGUCCUCCGCGUCCUCGUCGAGGACAACGACGACAACAAGGAGGAGUUGGGGCAGGGUGACACGAUACGCACCAUCAUCAAGUUCUUGUCGAACGACCAUGUCCAGGAGCGCGAGCUGGCGGUGUCGCUGCUGCACGAGCUGUCGGAGCACGAGCCGACGUGCGAGCGGAUCGGCGCGGUGUAUGGCGCCAUCCUGCUGCUGGUCGGUAUGGGGAGCAGCAAGUCGGAGAGCGCCGUCGCCGUCGACAAGGCCGAGAGCACGCUCCGGAACCUCGACCGGUUCGACGCCAACGUCAAGCAGAUGGCCGACAACGGCAGGCUGCAGCCGCUGCUCACCAGGCUGCUCCACGGCGAGCCGGAGACGCAGGUCGCCAUGGCCGACUACCUCGGCGAGCUCGCGCUGGCGAACGACGACAAGGCGACGGUGGCCCAGCAGGCCGGGCCGCUGCUGGUGGGGAUGCUCGGGACCGGCGCCGUGCAGGCGAGGGAGGCCACGCUCAAGGCGCUCAGGGAGAUCUCCUCGACCGACGCGAGCGCCAAGCUGCUGCUGCAGCGCGCCGGCGUCCUGCCCCCGCUCGUCAACGAUGUCCUCUUCUCCACGGGACACCUACCGAUGAAGCUCAAGGAGCUAGCCGCCAACAUCCUCGCCAACCUCGUCGCCUCGGGCGCCGAUUUUCGUUCCAUCCCGCUCGACGUUGACGACGACGACGGCCGUGGGCGCCGCAGGACGAUGCUCUCGGAGAACGUCGUGCAUAGCCUUCUCCAUCUCAUCAGCAACACCGGCCCCGCCAUCGGGUGCAAGCUCCUCAGCGUCCUCGCCGGGCUGACCAGCUCCCCGGCGACGGUCGCCGACGUCGUCGCGGGGGUCAAGAGCUCCGGCGCCACCAUCAGCCUCAUCCAGUUCAUCGAGGCCGCGCACAGGGACAUCCGCGUCGAGUCCCUCAAGCUCCUGCGCAACCUCGCCCCCUACAUGGGCGCAGAGCUCGCCGACGGCCUCGGCGGAAGCCUGACCAGCCUACUCCGGGCCAUCUCCUCCGACGGCGGCGGCGUCACGGAGGAACAGGCAGCCGCCGUGGGGCUGCUCGGCGACCUACCGGAGGGGGACACAAGCCUGACCCGGCAGCUGUUCGACCUUGGGGCGUUCAGAGCGCUGGCCCCCAAACUGGCGGAGCUCCGGCGGGGUACCAUCCGCGGCGGGAACCGGCACGUGACGCCGCUGACGGAGGGCGUGGUGAAGGUGAUGUACCGGGUGACGUGCGCGCUGGAGGAGGACGCCGAGUACGUCGAGUUCGCGCGGGAGGUCGGCCUGGCGCCGCUCUUCGUCGAGCUGCUCCACACCAAUGGCAUGGACACGGUUCAGCUCUACUCGGCAAUGGCGCUGGAGAAGCUGUCGCUGCAGUCGAGCCGCCUGACGGCCAUCCCCCCGCCGCCGUCGCCGCCGACGGGGUUCGCGUGCGCGUGCUUCGGGAGGAAACCCGCUUCGGCGGCGGCGGCGGCCCCGGGGGUGUGCCGCGUGCACGGCGGGUUCUGCUCGCUGCGGGAGACGUUCUGCCUGGCGCAGGCGGACGGCGGCAAGGCGGUGGAGCGGCUGGUGGCGUGCCUGGACCACCUGGACGGGCGGGUGGUGGAGGCGGCGCUGGCGGCGCUGUCGACGCUGGUGGUGGACGGCGUGGACGCGAGGGAAGGGGUGGUGGUGCUGGGCGAGGCCGACGGGCUGCGGCCGGUGGUGGACAUCCUGGUGGAGAGCCGCACGGAGGCGCUGCAGCGGCGGGCGGUGUGGGCGGUGGAGCGCAUCCUGCGGGUGGAGGAGAUCGCCGGGGAGGUGGCGGCCGACCAGACGGUGGCAUCGGCGCUGGUGGAGGCGUACCGCAACGGCGACCCGCGCACCCGGCAGACGGCGGAGCGCGCGCUCCGCCACCUCGACAGGAUCCCCAACUUUUCCGCCGCCUUCCAAUCCCAACGCUCCUAGCGAGCGAGGGGGCCUAGCCGCCAUUGCAAAUGCCAUCUUUUUUGCAAGUUCCGUUUCUCUCACCUUCGAUACUUGGAUUGAUGAUUCUUUUGGUUUGUUUGCACAAACUGCAUGCUUGGAUUGUAUAUUUGUAUAGCAUAAUGUUAGUGUUCAUUCUUUCAAAGCAAAAUGGAUGAAACAAAAUUUGCUCGUACCUCUUUACCUUUUUUUCCCUUGAGAAACAACACAGGCUGGUCUGGGAAAUAAUCUGUUUCUA